GGUCAGUUCGUGGUUCAACUUCAGUGCGGUCAGUCGCAUCGGGCGAUCACUCAAGCUCUCCAACGGUCAGCCUCUCCCACCAAAACGGUUUUAAUUUUGGAUAACAUAAAAAUAAGUUCGGAGGUUCAUUUAAAUACACACCAAAAUGCGUUCUUGCGGCCCGAGUUUAAUUAAAUACGUCUUAUUCGCCUUUAAUAUUCUGUUUGCGAUCUCCGGCCUGGGAAUUCUUAUAGCCGGUGCCAUUGUCCUGGCCGAUGUGAAUGAGUUCAAUCACUUUGUGGAGGGUCGAGUGCUAGCCCCCCCGAUUGUCCUCAUAGUGACGGGGCUGAUCAUAUUCCUGAUUGCUUCGCUGGGAUGCUUUGGAGCGAUCAAGGAGUCGCCAACGCUCCUGAUAACGUUUGCCGUCCUUCUGGCUGUCAUCUUCAUUGUGGAGCUGGCGGUGGGCAUUGCGGCCAGUGUUUUCAAGAAGGAUCUGGAGGGGAUGGUGAAGAACUCGCUGCAGGAGUCCAUCAAGCGUUCGAACACCGAGGAUACCAUGGCCUGGGACAACAUCCAGCAGAAGCUGAUGUGCUGCGGAGUAGACUCCCCGGCGGACUGGAGGACUCUGAGUGCGAAUAAAACGCUGCCGGGCAGCUGUUGUCAGCCGCAGUUCAUCGACAACGCCGUGGGACAUUGUCUGGAGUCCCCGGCUCUGGGCAAGGACAAGUACUUCCAGGAUGGCUGCGUCGGCAAGCUGAAGGAUCGCAUCGAGAAGAACGCCAUCAUCCUGAUCGGUGUGGGUAUCGGCAUUGCCUUCAUCCAGAUUUUGGGCAUCAUUCUGGCCUGCUAUCUGGCGAACUCCAUUCGACAGGAGAGGGCCAAGUAAUGGCCAUCGCAGUGCCCACAUCAAGUGUAUCUAUAUUUAAUUGAUAAAUCUUUCAUUUUAUGUAGUUGAAAAUACUUUACCGUUGAAUCCUGCUCAAUUUACGAAAAAAAACGCAACAAUCCUUAUCAGAUUAAAUCAUCCUUAACUUUUCCCAACUUUCUUUCACUUUUUGUAUUUUCACUUUGGAUGAUGCACAUCCCUUCUCAGUCCUAGCUCUCCUUAGUCGAAGGUGUUUAUACUUUAACUAGCUCUUUACUUUCACUACAUCUCUCCCCUUUCUUACCCUCCCAUAAAUCUUUCCUCUCCAAUCUCUCGUUUUCAUUAGUUAUUUGUAAAAAUAACGAUUAUUUUAAAACUAAAUUUUAAAUAUGAAUUCGUCACCUACGAGAAACUGUUGCUUUGUAUUAUCGAAUAAAUAUAAUCCAUUUUAGGUAACCUUUUUGUAGAAUCGCUCAAUAAAUACUUUACACACAGUUUA